UCAACAGGCUUUCUAAUAUCAGAAAAUUUGGGAGGCUUCUUUGAAAACAACGUCUGUCAGAGGAAUGGCAGCACCUUCUCAACGUAUUUGUAGCUUGCUGCUACCUUUAGCUGGAUUCACCAUGUUACUUGUUACUGCCACAUCCAACAGAUGGAAAAUUUCAGACACCUCAACAGUGCUGGUUAAUUCAGACUGGGUCUCUGAAGGCCUUUGGAUGGACUGUGCAGUGACUGCUUCUGGAUCAGUACACUGCAAGGAAUUUCCAUACAUGUUGAGUUCCGACACUCAUGUUCAGGCAUGCCGUGCCUUGAUGAUUGCUUCCAUCCUUUUGGGAUUCAUAGCUACAGUGCUCUCGCUGCUUGGUUUGAAGUGCACAAACAUUGGAUUGAGCGAUGAGGAUGCAAAAAUGAAGUUUACUGUUACGGGAGGAUUUCUUUUUAUUUUAGGAGGUCUUUGCUCCAUGGUGGCUGUUUCUUGGUAUGCUGCGAUGAUUACUGCUCAGUUUUUUGACCCAUUGUACGCUGGAACCAAGUAUGAACUAGGAGAUGCUCUGUACUUAGGCUGGGCUGGAUCUGUUCUUUAUAUGCUUGGUGGGAUCCUACUGACCUGUUCAUGCAAAGGGAAGAAAAAACAGAAUUACAGUACCAACAAAUAUGCAUACUCAGCAGGCCAUCAGCAGCGCAUUUACUCCAAGAACUCUGAGACAGUCCUAACCAACAAGGAGUAUGUCUAAACUUAUUUUUUACGACACUUGUAAUGUUAGCAGGUUAUGAACUCAAAUAAAGAAGUGAACUACUUCCAGGGUUCUGGUUGCAAGUUGCAAUCUUUUACCUUGAUUUGGAGCAGUACAAGGAGGAGAUACGGUUUUCAAUGUAAAUAGGAAUGGUUUCCCGAGAACAGUUUUCAAAUGUAAAUAGGUUUCUACAGAAAAUGCUGUGAUGUGAAAUCCUGCGGCAUAAAGGUUUUCUGCAUGCUUAGAAGCCUGGUAAAAUUUAACCACAGAGUGUGGUAUAUCGUGACAAUCAAGAGCAACUGUUUCUAUUUCAGCUGACUCAAAAAUGCGGAACUGAUAUGCUGUAGCUGACUGCAAGUUAAUACACCUCACAGUUAGAAAUGUAUUGUGUUUUCCCUUAUGUUUAGCUUCCUACUUUUGUUUAGCAGCUUUAGCUUUUGACAAGAAAUAAACUUUAUUCCACAGACUGACUGAAACAGACCUUUUGUUAGUAAGGAUAUAGUCCAUGUACUGUGGGCUUGAAGUCUCAUGUUACACUGAAAUUCAUAUUUUGUAUGACAGACAAGCUUUAUAAAAAGCUACAAAAAAUUCCCUAACAACCUCUGAUGUUCAAAUCUGCAGAUAUGCAACUUACUUCUUGUUGGUUGUAAAGCAGAUACCAAAGAUAAAUUAUACAGAAUGAAUCAAACACAGCUGGGAGCGGAGAAAGCAUCUGGUACAAAAAUACCUUGAUGAUAGCCCUGAUUUUUUAUUUUUGCUUCUAUGUUUUCAGCUUUUAAAAUAAUCCUAUUUUAACUUUGAGCAAUCUUUAACUUUGGGAACUUCUACUGCAUCUGUGUUGUCUAGCUAAUGUCAUUCACCAGAGGCUUUAUUCUCCGUCAUUGUUCCGUCAUUAGAAUUUCUGCCUUAAACUACUCCACUGCUGGGAACGUAUGUUUGCCUUCUGUAAGCAUUUAGACAGCUGAUGAGGAACUAACUGUACUUCGUAUUGAUGCUUUGAGCAACAU